AUGGUUGAUGAGAAAGUUGGAUGUGCAGUUCCAGUUCCAUUGUUGAUGUUGGCGGAGAAAGAGGGUAAUGAAGAAACACGUGAAUUUUUCGACUUAACAAAGGGCGUCACCUACACUGUGAAUUUCCCAGAGUUAGUCGGAAAACGUUGUUUGGGUGUUGGAAUUCCAGGAUGGCUUUUCACGGUAGAUGUUAAAGGGAAUAUGAAUCUGUUCCAUCUCAACUCUCGUUCUCUGAUUCAAUUGCCCCAUGUGGAAACCUUGCAAGGUUUCGACUACGAUUAUCAUGAUGAUUAUGAGUAUUACGUUGAAAAAGCACUGCUUUCUUCGGAUCCUCAUACAACCGACGACUAUAUUUUGAUGAUUAACCAAGGGGAUCCGAAUUCAUUAGCUUACUGGAAACCUACAAUGAAGACGUUUAUCACAGUGACACAUGGAAGGGCUUAUGCUGAUGUAACUUGGCAUGAUGGGCAAUUUUAUGGAGUUGAUUUAGAGGGGAACGUCAUAAUCUUCGACUUUAGAGGAGGGUUAGAACCAACCAGUGGAAAAAUAGUUCAAGGAGUGCCUUCUGAGUUUAUUAAUGCAAUGCAGCUCUACAUUGUGCAUUCUGCAGGCGAACUGUUUGUCAUCACUCGAGAUGGAAUCUACAGACACCCCGAAACAAAGUUAUAUGGUGCUAAAGAAUUUAUUGUUGCCAAGAUUGACGUGAAUAAUGAGUGUUAUGACGAGGUUGAUGAUUUGGGGAAUAGAUCACUCUUCCUAGGUUACAGUGCCUCUUUGGCCGUUGAACAGUAUGGAUGCAGGGCCAAUCAUAUAUACUUCACGGAUGAUUGUAUUUGUGCAUUUCGUUUCACUGAAAAAGGAGGUGGAAAGGACAUGGGCGCAUACAAUUUGUUUGAAGAUACCAUUGAACCUUUCUAUACUGAUGAAUCCUACCACAAAUUCAGUCCACCUAUAUGGAUCUUCAACACUCCUUUCUCUGUUUAG